AUGCUUAUUAAAGAAUACCGAAUUCUACUGCCGCUGACAGUGGAGGAAUACCGGAUAGCUCAGCUUUAUAUGAUCCAGGUGAAAUCGACGUAUUAAAUCAUUUCAUCUUGUAUUGAAGAAAUAUAUCGAUAAUAGAGCAGCUUCAGCUAAAAUUGACCAAAGUGAACCGAAAAAAAACGACAAAUGGUUGGAAAAAAAUCAUUAAGUUUUUAUUUUCAGAAGAAAAGCCGUCUAGACUCGCACGGAAAAGAUAGCGGAGUAGAAAUCAUAAGCAAUAAGCCCUACACAGAUGGACCUGGCGGUACAGGACAGUACACAUUUAAAAUUUAUCACAUCGGAAGCAAAAUACCAGGUUAAUUUAAUUCGUUUAAUUGAAUGAACGCUAGAGCUAGAUAAACGAGCUAUGAAGACUUCUCAAAAGCCUAUACACAUGUUUUUUUAUUCGAAAAUUGACUUAUAAAUUUCUUGUUGUUUUUUUUUUCUGAUUGCCUUUCUGUCAAAAAGCACAAGAAAGAAAAAAAGUCAGAAAAGUCAAAUUUAACUGUAUAACUAACGUUAGUUGAUACUGUAGUAAGAUAUUUUUCGCCUGUCAGAGAAAUUCAUCUUACUCCGGUGGGUUGUUAUGAUCAGGGUAGUCUUGCUCAGUUUUUAAAGCUGUUCGAAGCCCUUUCGCGCUAACUCUUCGUAAUUAUGCUCUUAAUAAUGGCGUGUCCAUUGGAGAAAAGGAAGAUGCUUCAAAACGGAAAAUCGUGUCCAUUGGCGCGCCAAAGUUGCUCCAAAACAGUACUAAAUUUUGUUUUGAAGCAAUUUUCUUGCAUUUCGGAACAAUUUUCGUUUUGUCCGAUGGACACGCCAUAAAUAUAGAGAAAAAGCAAAAAGAAAGUAAUAUAGAAAGUUGAAAAAAUCCAGCAGGCCUAUUUUUCAUUGGGAGUUUUUUUUUUAUCAAUAGAGCGCAUUUCACCAAUUAUAACGCAAUGCGGCCGAACACUUUGCAUAAUUUCAAAUUUUAAAAGCUCGGUUUGAUCUGAAAAACCGUGCGUUUCAUUUCUAGUGACCACUUUAGUAGCGUCAGCACUCUUAAGUGAUCCCUAGAACCGCCCGGAAACGUCCGGAGUAAUACCAAUGUCCGAGGUCAUAGAGAUUAUAAUCUCUAAAUAUAUUUAUGGCGUGUUCAAAAUGGAACAUGUUUCAAAACGCAAAAACAUGUUCAUCGGCGCGUCAAAGUUGCUCCAAAACAGUACUAAAUUUUGUUUUGUCAGAUGAAGAGCAAUUUUUUUGAGUUUUGGAACAAUUUUCGUUCUGUCCGAUGAACACGCCAUUAGAAUCCACCUAAAUUAUUUUGAAAGUGACUCGAUUGUUUUUUGUUAAUAUUUCAAUGACUUUCGUUAUUUUGUUGAAGCUUGGAUACGAACUGUUCUCCCAACAAAUGCCCUCGAAGCACAUGAAGAAGCUUGGAAUGCUUACCCCGUCACUAAAACACGGUUAGUUUUUUUUUUUUCGAGAUGGUAUGAUGUAGAAGUAAACUUGUUGACAGCUGUAAUGAACAUUUUUUUUUUGCAGAUAUUCGACGCCAAUGAUGGACCGGUUCAGCCUGGAGGUCGAAACUUUGUAUUACAACGAUCACGGAAACCAAGACAAUGUCUUCAACCUAAGUGAUCAGGAAUUGAAACAAAGGAUCGUUGAUUACAUGGACUUUGUGAAGGUUUUAUUUCUUUCAUAGUUUAAUCUGAAGAAUAUAUUUUGUAGGAUCCGAUAUCUUCGCACGACUAUUGCUUGGAAGAAGAUCCAAAGCUGUAUCGUAGUCAGAAAACGUCUCGAGGGCCCUUGGGAGACGAUUGGGUUGAUGAGCACGUCAAACUUGGUUUUGAUUCACACAAAAACAUUUUCGGAAUUUCCUCAGGAGUUUUUAGCGACGUUUCACUAUCUCAAACGUUUUGAAAAGGCUUUUAAACGUCUAUAAAGCAUCACGUUCUUUUUUUUUAUUUUUGCGGCGGCUCUCUUGUUCUCAUUGAUCACUGAUAACGGCUCGCCGUGAUCAUUUUAUCAGUUGUAAACUCGCAAAUCACGAACUUUCAUUUGAGUAUUGUGAUAAGGAUAGCAAAAUAGUUUUACAAAAAAAAAACCCCUCCUACGAAAUUCAAUAAUUACUUUCACUGUUUUGAAGGGAAGCCGAUAAUGUGCGCAUAUAAGCUGUGCCGCGUCGAGUUUCGUUACUGGGGCAUGCAGGUGCACUUUCUGCAAAAAAAUGAAUCUCAGCAUGAAUUAUUUAAAGACACGAGCCGAGCGCUGGAUUCACGACUUGGCCUUGAGAAACACAAUGCUCCGAGCCCAUAGACAAGCUUGGGCUUGGCAGGACGAAUGGGUAAAGCCUUUCUUCUUCAGAAUGCGAAACAUGAUAAAGAGAGCAAUGUUACUGUUUGCAUGUGAAUUUAUUUGAGCGUUUUUUUUCCAUGUUAGAUCUAUUUGUCUUGAUAAUCUUUCGAGGCUUCAUUAAACACAGCAACGAGAAGUUUGGAACAGUCACUCAUGAAAGAAGUUUCCUGCGAAUUUUAUAGAAUGAUAAAAUGUUUUCCUUUUUUCAAUUAGUUUAUAACCAGUUUUUAAAAAGGUCGGCUUGACGAUGAACGACAUUCGAAUGCUGGAAGCCGAGGCCGCCUUGCAUCUGAGUGCAGUUAUGGCCAACGAGUUGAGCUCUUUUCGAUAAUUGAUAGAAGAGGAAUUUUGCAGCAAUCAGGAAGAACUGGAAGACGAAUCGGACGGCGGCUCGUCGAACGAAUAUUUCGAUUGUCGCGACUCGCCGCCUCCCCCAACUUCCAAGCCUUCAAUCAUUCGCUGGAGCUCCGAACUUGAGCUUGAGAUUGCAGAUGAAAGUAAUAAAUCUUAACAUUUUGAAUAUGAUUUAUCAGAACUUUAGAAAAAGUGUUUUAAAUUGCGAUUGCACAAUUUGACUGAACUUUUCUGGAGAGAAGUAUUCCAUCUUGUGAUGCGUAGUUUUCUGUAGUCGACUUUAUUUGACACCUUCUCGAUAAGGGGUCUCUUUUUCGAAUUUUUAUUGAAAUUUCAAUUUUUUUGGAGGUGAAAGUUUAAAACGGCAGAAAAGGAAAAGACGAUCAGAUGAGACAAGUCAUUGCAAAAGAUCCUUCAAGAAAACUUUCUAGUCAAGAAAAUCUGUCAGACUCGCCGCCAUUGACCCCUCACAACAUGACGGACGCAGCCUUGCUCAUUCUGGUUUUCCACGGCGAUUUCUCCCCUGAAAACCCGGCCGACUCGAAAACGACUGACACAAAUACUUUCAGGUUUAACCCUUUAUUUAAAUUCAUAAAGGGAGUCAAAAUUAGAGCUGUUCGGGGUCAGUCUGAUUUUUAAAAUAAUAAUAAUUUAUUGACAGAUCAGCGGGAACCCUAGCGAGCUCACUAGGAUAAAAAAAAUUAAAUAGAAUACAAAAUUUAUUAGAAGAUUUUUCACACUGCGUCCAGAAAAAAAUCGAGCUCUACCCAGCUCACGGGUUUUUAAACAUUCCAGAUCAACAAUAGAAACUUGCGUCCAACGGCAUUAUCCGCAACUGCGAGGUCGUCUACACGUUGUGAUGGUUUCAUGUGGUAGCGAACUCAGUCAAAUGGUUACCCAGGUUGAAAAAACGCGCUAUUCAACCUGUUAAGAACAAUCUGUUCUAGCUAAACGUCAUUUCACCAUCUUUCGGGGUUUUGCAUCCAUCUUUGUCCCUGAUGCUCCCGUCUUGUAGCAAACAGUACGGCGAAGUGAGCUUCCGAGAGUGCGCUCCAAUGCGAAUCUGAAAAUUUUACAGGCAAUUGAAGGUACUAUUCGUCGGGCCAAUGACGUCUAUAACGAAUUUUUCGAACUGCAACCGUCUUUCAAUGGAGAGGUAUGUUAGUAAAAUCGAAAAAAUAACACAGAAUAAAUGUAUAUUUAGUUAGUCUAGUUUUCAAGUUUUUUAGUCCGGCUACAAUACUUUCCUACCAUUAGAAAUUGUCUUUUGAAGUUGUCAAAGUCUGAUCAAAGUACUCGAGAAAGUGUGAAAAAAUGGAGAAGAGUUUUUUUUUUUCAAAAACUCAAAUCUGUUCAGCCCGUCCGGUUUGACACACUGUAGGUUCAAAUUGUGCAAACACCGAUCACGAUUUUUAGGCGAUAUCUUCAUUGAAAACGAGUUUUUUUGUACGAAAAAAAGACAGAUUUCAAGAAAAACACAUUUAAAACAUUCCUUGAUACAAAUUGAGUAGAAUGAUAAAGUUUUUGCGAACGUCAGCAUUUUUUAAAAAAAUGUCCUGAAUUCAAAAAUUCGUCUUUAGUUAAAAAAAUAUGCUUUUAUUCAUUUUUCAUUCAUCAGUGUCGAAAAUAGCCGUGUUCGUUUUAUUAAAUAAAAAAAGCGGUCAAAAUGGUCUAGUAUGGCCAGCGGAUAUGCAAACCGGACGGGUCCCUGUAAGUCUGAACUGAUGUGAUCUGAAAAAUUUAUGGAUCCGAUUCAGAAUGCUUGCAGGUUUUCGUUGUUGGAGAUUGUGUAGGCGGCAUAUUUCUGUACGAGGCGAUGACGAAACGCGAACCCAAUCCCGUCGCGUCGCGGAGCCCUUCCGUCAACGUCUGCGGGAAAAUAAUUCGAGAACACACUGAAUCGGUUUACAAGUUUAUCCUUUAAAAGGCUAGAAAAUCUUCUAAUAUCCGUGUUUUGUAAUUUUUAUUUCUGUCCAUACAACAUUUUCAAAGUAUUUGUAUCAAUCGGCUCCUCUCGUGCUUAUUUCUUUUCAGUCAUGUAUUUCCAGAGCCCUUCGGCGUCUCUGGCCGAAACAGAGAUGCCGCCACCGCCGUCGCCUUUACUGGAGAACGGACAUCAAAGGCGUUCGGCCCGAAGUUUGCUCUACCGCAAGAAAAUCUCCAUCGCCUCAGUUGACAGUGUCAAUGUAAGUUUCUUAUUUCCGGGAGAUAUCUUCGAAAAAUCACUAUUUCAUCAUUUUCUUUGGAAUCUGUUUGAUUGUAAAAUAUUGCCAUUUCUAAGAUCAGCUAUUUUUUCAAAAAGUGAUUCUGGAUAGAUUUUCGCAACAGUAAGAAGUUUAAAGAGGGUCUAGAGUGAGAGGAUUUUUCACUCGGAAAAAAGUUUCUUGUGUAACUUUUUUUUCUAUUAGGUUAGAGAACCGGUUUAGCUUCCAAGAAGGUAACAGCUGGAUGUAAAAACCGUUGGAAAUCCAAUUUAAAAAACCUUUUCAGUUGCAGUUGAAGGUGCCAGAGGCCACCGCAAACGUAAGAAACUGUAUUUGCAUGGCAUUUUAUAGACUUGAAAAUUAAAAUUUUUUCAUAGUUCGCUCGAGUUUUCUUCCACUUUUCCAUUAAUUCAGUUGGAUUUCUUCUGGGAAUGAACAGAGAUUUGCAGCUUUCUCAAUCGAGACUGAAUUUCCAACCGAGCACUGCAUUCCUGCUCGGCUGUCCGUUGGGACUGAUGCUCAUGCAAAGAAAGCUUGAAGGACUUGGUAAUUUUGCGGUGUUUGAACCCUUUUUCUAGUCAAUCACGCGCGAAUAUAAAAUGAAAAAUGAGGAAAAUCGACAGUACGCGAAGCUUUUUUUACGCCUACGCUUUAAGACCUGAAAUCCGAAAGUCUACGGUAUUUUUGCCAAAAAAAAAACAAGAUAGCGCGGAAUAGGCUAUAUUCAAAUUUUUUAUGGUUCACUUGGGUAAAACUAUAUCCAGACUACUUGUGAACCAGUUGAGAAGUUUUGAAAUUUGAGUUCCUUGUAAUGCCGUGUUCAAAGUAAUUUCCGCGAAAUGCAAAAUACCCGUUAGAGAAAGGAAAAGAUCACUAAAUUUCGGAGAGUCAGAGAUCAUUUUGCAUUUCGCGGAAAUUACUUUGAACACGGCAUAAAUUCGUCGGUAAAGUCAGGAAGAGUUGUUGUUCAUAUGGAUGAAAGCAUGUAAAAUGAUUUUUCCGAAAUGUACGAAAAAAAAAAAGUUUUUGUCUUUCAAUAUUGCUAAAUUCCGAAAGGAAGCUAAACAAUUUAUGGCUUAAAAUUUUAAUUUGUUCUCAAGCCGCAGAAGUUUGUUCGAGUUGGCCUGAACUAUGGAUUUUCAUUGAAUUUUGCUUGGUUUUCUGUGUUUCUCGAAUGCUGCGAUUUUUUCACGAGUGAUAGCUAUUGUAAUUCGUAAAAUUUGUAGAUUAUUUACUAUUAUCGAAAAAGAAAAUUGCAGAAGUUGAUCCAUUGGAGGCGUGCCAACUGUUCAAUCUCUACUACCCUUUGGACCCGUGCGGGGCUAGAAUCGAACCUGUUCUGAACGCUCAGCUCACCGUCGUACCUCCUUACAAUGUCCCAAAGUUUGAAAUUGCUUAGAGAUCUGAGGAAACUUUGAAUGAAACACAGGUAUCAACGAUAUCCUCUGGGUGACGGAAAACCACUCAAGUUUGAAUCGUUUGUCGACACGACGAAUCUCUGGGGCAGCAAGAGAAUCGACCACCUUCUGUAUUGUCCCAAUGCUAUGGUGGGUUGAUUGAAGAGCAAUCGAAAAUGAAAAAAAAAGCCUGAUAACGGGAGCCGGAUGUGUCGGGGCAUUUCUACAACUUUAGUAGCGUCAACUCUUAAAUGAUCUCUAGAAUUUCGCGUCCGUUACCAAUGUUUAAGAGCUAUCGCCAUGUAUGGACCUGCAGAACCUUGAAAAGUCUUUAGAGGAAUAGAAAAAAAAAGCUGUCAGAAAUGUGUUAUGUACUGUUAUACUUUUUUAUCGCUAGCCGAGGAGAAUAAUUAUUAGUUCAUCAAAAGCAGUACUGUUUUAGAGCAACUCAGGUUCGCAAUUCGAAAAAUGUUCUGUUUUUUAAUGAACGAACCCACAGGAUAUCGUGAACCGGAAAGUUAACCAAUUAUCUUUUGAUUGUUAAAGGUUGCACUACCGUCGACGGCUCUGCCGAACAUUUUGCACGCCUCCUACUGGGAAUCGUCGGACGUGGCCGCAUUCCUUCUGCGGCAGUUCGUCCGGGGCGAAGAGUGCGUCUUGACGACCUUGUCUUCGAGUCUUCAGCACAUCCCUCUUAACAUCGACCUGCCGCCGCUGCACUGGAAACGACGCAGGACGCGGUUCAAGGUUGGUCAGAUUCUGGAGUAGAUUUAAGGCUUUUUCUGAACUCCACUUCAGAUAGCAAAUCUUUCGCCAAACCACCGUGCCAACGACAUUUUGGUCACACCCGGCAUGGAGCUGUCUCUCAACGCUAAGUUCUGCUACGGUCCAAUGGAUUUGGUGGCUUUGACGCGAGAACCCGUCUCCGUCUUCAUCUGUCCUCAGAGGUAUCGUUGCCUUCUUUCUUCACACUCGCUUAGAAUUAUUAAGAGGAGAUUGGUAUGAACACGGCGUUUUCGAGACAGACUCUCAUGGGCGACUCAACGUCUCAUUGGGAAAAUCGUUGCCGUGUGGAGUUCAUUCUGUGAAGGUUCGUGGUUAGAGAGAUAAUGGCUUCCAGCAACAAAAAAGGUUGAAGUAAGAGGGUUGUGAUUUUGGUUCGUGUGACUUUUGAACAUAAUCGGGCAAGUAAAGAACUCACUUUGCUCGUGAGGAGGGGUUAGCUUGCAAGAGUUGACCAAAGAACUGAUUAAAACGGUUUUUAAGCUCAUGGAGACAAUUUUGACAACAAUAAAAAUGAGCUUCAACCUCAAGGAGGUAGUAAUGACUUUAAUUUGAAAAUGGAGGUAGGACUGACAGUCUUUAAAAAUGGUCUGCCCAUAUAUGCCUUUGAAAAAUCUCAGCAAGUAUUUGUAAAUCAAUUAUACUAUAGAUCGUAGUCCAUGGGGACCGCUCCUACCUCGACGCCUUCAUCGCGAUUGUGCCGGCCGACACGAAAUGUGCCGUUUUUUCGGUUGACGGCUCGCUGACGGCGUCAGUCUCCGUCACAGGCAAAGAUCCGCGUGUGCGGCCUGGCGCCGUCGACGUCGUCCGCUACUGGCAUGAACAGGUUUGAACCAGCUCCACUGAAGUCGCGCAAAGAGUGUUCUGCAAAAUAGCCUCACGCUUUCUGCAAAUCAGCGCAGAAGUACCUCGCAAUCGGCAUCAUUUCUGAGUUUUUUUGUACAGACUUACACGAGUUCAGAAUGCAUAACGCUGAUUCUCAGAAGGCAUAUUUUUUUCCAGAAAAAAAAGGCAGCUCAGCGCGGAUACAUCCGUUUAGAGAGCACGGUAAAUUAGGAGAGAAUAGAGUCCUACUCUCCAGAAUCUACAUGAUGUCUGAGGACCUGCGCGCUGGUGCGCCGUUUUUUGCUAACUUAACAAAGCGCAAGUCCUCAUACAUUGUGUAGAACGUGGAGAGAAAGACUCUGUUCUCUCCUAUUUUACCGUUCUUUCUGAAAUGUAUGCGUGCUAGAAUGUUGUUUUCUUUUGAGUUUUGGAAAAAGGCUGGGAUUGGGAUUGCUCUUUGCACGAAUUCAAAAAAAAACCGUUCCAUGAUAUAAGACGAUUUUUUUCUUUGCAUUACAGGGAUACUUAAUCAUCUACCUUACGGCUAGACCCGACAUGCAGCAGCGUGUGGUUUCUUCCUGGCUCGCUCAGGUUUGUACUUUCGUGAAAAAACUAGAUUCGAAGUCAGAUCAGAUUGAAGAAUGGUAGAAAAGGAACUUUAAAAAAAAAAUCUUUUGGAAAAGGUGAAAUAUAGACGAAAAAUCUGGCUUUUUUCAGAUUUCUCUUCCAUUUGUGAGAAUAUAAUUUUUUUUUUGCUUGAUUCCCUUUUUUGAUAAAAAUGAGCCGAAGAAUAAAAUGUGAAGUUGCAUUUUUUUUUUUUGGAUGUUGUAAAUUCUCAAAAAGGCUUGUUUUGUUGAAAACCUUUGCCGUCUCAAUAAAACGGUGAGUAUAAGCAGAUUGACAGUGGCUUCAUUUUAUUUUUGCGAACGUCAAAGUGAACCAAUUUUUAUUGAGAAAAUUUUUCUCCGGCUUCAAACUAUUUGCUUCCUUUUCACUAAAAAAAAAUCUCUCUUUUUUUCGUAAAUAAAAUUUUUCAGCACAAUUUUCCCCAUGCCCUUCUAUUCUUCAAUCCGUCGUUUUCAACCGAACCUCUCAAACAGAAAUCGUUGCACCUGAAGCAUAUAGUUGACCUGGGCGCAAAAAUACACGUUGCAUACGGCAGUAGCAAGGUGAAUUUAAUACCUAUUGCAGCUAAUUUGUCCAUUUUGUAGGAUGUUUCUGUGUACACAUCGGCGGGAGUCGAACCAGACCAUAUAGUCUCGGUGACAGGGUCGCGUCGUCGUCAUUGCAUACACAUUGGUCUCUUUUGAAAGCUUCUCUUUGCAUUUUUAUUGAAUCCAGCUUGAGAAAAAGACGCAAUUUAUCAAGUUCCCUUUUCAGAGAGCUAUUCGGUUCACUUGAGCGAUUUGGCUUCAGGAAAUUGUCCGUUAGGGCUCAGAAUCGAACCCGAGGACUCCAAUUCGCUCGCGAUCCACAGGUGGAGUUUUUUUUUUGAUUGAAAGUGUGCUUUAUACAACAAAAAAAAGACUCCGCAUCAAAUAUGACAUCAGUAAACUCGUGUUAUAACAACAUAUCGCUUUUUUUAAAUUCGAAAAAAAAUUAUUUGUCUUCAUCAACGCCUUAAUCAACUAUUCUUGUAACAAGAACAAAAAAUAGCCAACCUUCAGCUCGUUAUUGGUAGUAUUUUAUUUCUGAUAAGUCACUCGACAAAAAUCGAAUUGUAGAAAUGUACAAAGAACGUCGUCGUUCACACCUCGCGGUGGCAAAUUCGAACCGGAGCGGCGAUAA